AUGCAGUCAGCACAUGCGAGACUUCUCAAAAUGGCUACCUCUUUUCGAACCGGACCUCUCGUUAUUGCACACCGGGAGAAGGUCCUAGCUUACGAUAUAUUUCAGCAGUGUUUCGUGCACCACUACAAGAGCUGGAUCGACACCCGCAAAGCCGACAGAGUCGUGAUCCCAAAGGGGCGAUGCGAUCGCCACGUCCAAGUUGCAGCUCACAUCACCAAAACGUACGUGCAACGCCCCGAGCAUGCCGUCGGAAAAUACAGGAUUGAUAAAGGCGGCCGAGUCACGAUUCGGUUUCGCUGCAUGGGACGAUUCAAGGUCCUUUAUGUGAUAUGA